AGGUAUUACUGGUUGGAUGAUGAGAACCUCUAUCAGAGAGCUGUAAAUGCUCAGUUUCCUUAUGGGUACGAAUACCUGGGUAACACACCGCGCCUGGUCAUCACACCUCUAACAGACAGGUAGGGCCCAUUCUUAUGUCAUCUCUAAUUUGAAAAGCACGACAGGCAAAAAGAAUUAAGUCAAGUAUAGCUGUCACUGAAUUAAGUAAGUAUAGGUGUCACUGAAUUAAGUCAAGUAGAGCUGUCACUGGAUUAAGUCAAGUAUAGCUGUCACUGGAUUAAGUCAAGACAGAGUUUGAUGCAAUUUAAAAUAACUUUGUUAUGAAAAAUUCAUAUUUAAAAUACUUAUAGCUGUAUCUGACUAAAAACUGAUUUGUAUUAAUAUUCUUAGCAGCCACUGUUUCUUCCUUGCCACAUUGGUUACCAUUUCCGUUUUGGUGGUUUAGAUUUCCCUCCUCUUUAAGGAAUAGCUACCAAACAAUUCCCUGGUUACCCACCUAUGUCUGGAAGUGACUGAACAUGCGUUUGAAACUACUGUCUCCUGGUUAUGAGUAGAAGAAUUAGCAGCACUGUUCCAGACAGCAACUCGUUUUUUUUGUUUGUUUUACGGUAGAAUUUUUUUCUUUAUAUUUUUGUGACAUGUUUCCUUAGAUGCUACUUGACUUUGACCGGAGCCCUUCAUCUCUUGUUUGGAGGUGCCCCAGCAGGACCUGCUGGAACAGGCAAGACUGAAACCACAAAGGUAAUGUUGCAAGAAUAUGAUAUUGAGUUUGAUUAGAUUAGUUGGGUUCAUUCCACGUAGCGUGUCUAUCAUCCUAAAACAUUUGUAUGACUGGGACCAUUAAAACAGCUAAUAUAAAUGAUUACCGGAGAUUUGACCGAAUGAAAUUUCAUCGACGGAAAUUUGAUUGAAUCUUUUUUUAGUUCACACAUUAAAAUUUUCGUCAAAUUUCUUUUUGAAUGCACUAUAUUAUAUAGUAAAACAAAAUAAUGUGUUCAAAAAGAAAUUUGAAGUAAAAUUUUAACUUUUGAACUGAAAAAAAGAUUCAACUGAAUUUCAGUUCGAUAAAAUUUCCAUUGAGCUUUGGGAUUAUAGGAACGGAGUAGAAAUUAGCUUUUAUCUUAAGAAGUAAAUUUUGAUAUAAUUUUAAACAUGUCAUCGUUAAAAUUUUCCUUUUUGUAAUUAGUCAAAGGUUUAUUUUCUGAGCUCUACAUUUGUCUGUCAUUAAAUAAAAAAAUAAAUAAAAUGCAUUGUUACUUUGGAAAGGGAUACUAGACUUAGUAAAACAGUUCAUUGGGGGUGCAAGACUAGUCAAAUUAUUUGUAGGGGCUGCGAAGUAAACAAAAGGUUGGGAAACACUGAUUUACAGAUUCUGUCUCCAUCAUUUUUUGCAUAUGGAUUUAUUAAAUUUUGACUUAUAAACAUUUUUUUAUUAAUUUAUACUACUUUGUACUGUGCUUUUAAAAAAAGACUGUACUAUUUAAUUAAAAACUCUACUUGACAAAAAUGACUAUGAUCAAACUGAUUUAUUUUUUCCUGUUUAUAUUAAUAUUUUAGCCCAAGCUAAUUUACUUGACAAAACAGCUUUAAAUAGAUUUUCAUUGAGAUUAAAUACCCGAGUUAGUUACCAUUCUUUUGUAAAUGAACUUAAAUUUUACUCUUUUGAAACUGGUAGGAUUUAGGCAAAGCAUUUGCUAUUCAGUGCGUGGUUUUCAAUUGUUCUGAUCAGCUGGAUUAC